AUGCAAGAACGAUGGUUUUUUAGUGGAUAUUAUAAUCUAUCGAUGUUAAAUAUAAUACUGGCUAGUGUUUUUUAUUUAUUAACACGUUGUCGAAAAUGUCAUUCGUUUGUUGGAACAAUGACAACUCCAUUACCAUUAAUUAUAGACAGAGCAAUGCAUAAUACUGCUAAUAUGUCUGAUGAACAACGUCUUUUUUAUACACUUAUGACUGGUUAUGAAAAAGCCGUAAGACCAAUUAGAAAAUCAUCAGAAGCAGUAGUUGUCAAACUUGGUAUAACAUUAACACAAAUAAUGGAUAUUGAUGAACGUAAUCAAAUAAUGACAACUAAUAUUUGGCUGGAUCAGGAAUGGAAUGAUGAAUUCUUGAGAUGGAAUCCAGAAGAUUUUGGUGGUUUGAAAAAAAUACGUAUACCAUGCCGACACAUUUGGUUACCUGAUAUUGUUUUAUAUAAUUCUGCUGAAGAUUAUACACAAGGAUAUAUGCAAGCAUUAGCAAUGAUUGAUUCUAAUGGUACUGUCUUUUGGCCGCCUAUUGUUAAAUUUCGAUCAACUUGUAAAAUUGAUAUAACUUGGUUUCCCUUCGAUGAUCAGUUAUGUUUUUUAAAAUUCGGUUCAUGGACGUAUGAUUCUACUCAAAUAAUCUUAACAAAUCGUUCAGAAUCUGUGGAUACUGCUAAUUAUGUAGAUAAUGGUGAAUGGAAAUUAUUAUCAUCAUGGACUAUUCUAUCAAAAUUAACGUAUCCAUGUUGUGAUGAAUCAUUUUUUGAUCUAAAAUUUUACUUUCAUAUACGGCGUCGAACAUUAUAUUAUAUAUAUAAUGUAAUGAUACCUUGUAUAAUGCUUUCAAUAUUAACAUGUUUAACAUUUUAUUUACCAGUAGAAUCAGGUGAAAAAGUUUCAUUAGGUUUAACCGUUCUUCUUGCUUUUUCAGUAUUUAUGUUAUUAAUUGCUGAGUCAAUGCCAGCAACAAGUGAAUUUAUUCCUUUAAUUGGUAUCUAUUUUACAUUAGUUAUGAGUUUUACAAGUUUAUCAGUUUUAUUAGCUGUUGUUUUACUUAAUGUUCAUUUAUAUGGUUCAGCUUUAAAACCAAUUUCACCUCGAGUACGUCGUAUAUUAUUUCAUCAUCUAGCACCAAUGCUACACGUUCACUUACAUCGUGGAACAAAAUCAAAUAAUCAAAAACAUCCACGACGUUCUACACUAAUAGCUCCGCGUCGUUCAACAACAGUUUAUAAUGCUAUUUUUUUAAAUGAACAUGAUCUUUUAUCAAACAGUCAACAACAAUCAUCAUCACAUACAGUUCGGCCAACAACAGUAAAUGAAACUAAUUUAAAUACAGAUUCAUCAUCAAUAUCAAAUAUUCAAACGGCACCACAAUCAUUAAAUGAAUGUAAACGUCUUCUUAAUGACCUUAAUCGUCUUAUUUUACGUUCAACUGAAACCGAAGAAGAUGCUAUUAUACUAGAUUGGCAAAAUGUUGCAUUAGUUAUUGAUCGUUGUCUUUUUUAUCUAUAUAUUUCAAUGACAAUUUUAUUAACUGUAGGAACAUUAAUUUUAGCACCUUUACUUAAAAAUGUUCCAAAACAACCGAAUUAUCAUCAAUUGAAUAUUACAAGGACUGAUUAA